CCAACCUGAACGUGAAGGAACAAACUCUACACUGAGACUUUCACUGCUGGUGGAUGCUCAACAGCUGCAGUCAUGAAUGUAGGAAUCUGUAUGUGUGUUCUCCUGGCUGCUCUGUCCAGUGGAUCCCUGAGUCUGCCCUCACAAGUCAUGUCACAGAAAGCUGAAGGUGAAGCCCAUGCAUCAGACAGCCUGCCCACCUCCUCACCUAACCACACACGCCACUCCCGCUCAGCUCCAGCCCCCCCACCAGGCCUGCUGACCAACUACAACAAACAGCAGCAGGAGGAGGCAGACGCUCGCGACGGCCUGAACCAGCUCCUGGCCAGACUCAUCUCCAGGAAAGUCUCCCCCAACCACAGCAGAACCUCCUUGUCCAGCAGAGCCAGCGGUCCGGCCCCCGGUCACAGGAUAACUGACAGAGAUUAUAUGGGCUGGAUGGACUUUGGACGACGCAGCGCAGAGGACUACGGGGAAUACUCCUCUUAGAGGCCGGCUUUGUCUCACUGAAUCCUGAGUUACAUCCCCCAACAUCGCCAGUAAAAUCCCCCCAAGAAUAACAAGCCCUUUUCACUCUGCACUUACUGGAAACAAGGGCUGAAUUGACUAAAUCCCAGAGGGAGUUUAGCAUUAUGAUAAACAAGUACAGUGAAAAAAAAUCUAUCCAAUUAAUCAAUAUGUGGUCCCUGAAGAGCACUUUUCACAGUAUGUCUGAAAUACAUUAAAGCACAAAUAUUUAUUUACAGAAAUGUUUGAAAAUAUUCUCUAAUGUGCAUCAGACUCCAUCUUUCAAACUUGUCUGUGACUCUGAAAACUUACAUCAUUCAAAACAACUCAAACGCAUAAAUUGUCAUUUUCAAAGGGGCAUACCUUUGGUUACAUCUGGGCCAUGUGGUAUGUGUAAAAAAGAGAAACAUGGCACUUCAUUUGAUUGGAACAGCUUUCAGUUGUGGAUUUAUACACAUUUAAUGCAUUAGUAAGUAGUAAUAACAGUAAGAAAAGACUGAGACAAAAUAAACUAAACAAAGUAUGUUUUAUGUGUGCGGGUGUUUGUGUCAA